UCGUGAGUCGAGACAAUCAUCGUCUCUUUUAAAACCCCCUCCUCGCUCUCUCCCUUUCCCUUUCUCUCUCUCAGUCUCUGAUCCAAGAACCUAACAGCUGCAGACAGAAGAUUGACCACCAAACCCGAACAAAUAACAAGAAUGCCACCACCACCGGCUCUCCUCCCUUCAUUCUCCCGCCCCUCUCCCUACGAGUAUCCUUCCUCCAAAGACGAUGACAUGGACAGGAAAAAGACCAAAAAGCCCUUACCCCAACCCGCAUUUCGCAUCCCUAUCCCCAUCAUCUUCUCUGUCAUCUGCUUCCUUUUCGGCAUAUCUGGAAUCUUCUUCUCCGUCUUCGCUGUCGUCCGCCCUAAGCCGCUGCCCGUCUUCCGCUGCGGCCGCAUUGAGGACACUCUCAGAACCUUCCACCGCCUCUCGAAUUCCCAGAGAUCUGACGGCAAUGACGGAAACGUCCUCGUCGACCGGCCGAAGCUGCUCGGCUUUGUCGGCAUCCAGACCGGGUUCUCAUCGGCAGAUCGGCGGGCCGCGCUUCGCAGCACGUGGUUCCCAUCCGAUACGGAUGGGAUCCUCCGCUUGGAGCAAGCGACUGGAUUAGCUUUUAGGUUUGUAAUUGGACGGACGAAAGAUGCAAAGAAAAUGGCAGCUCUUCAGAAAGAGGUGGACCAAUACAAGGAUUUUAUGCUUAUAGACAUUGAAGAAGACUACUUAAGACUGCCCUACAAGACGUUGGCGUUUUUCAAAGCAGCCUUUGAGCUUUUUGAAGCGGAGUUUUAUGUCAAAGCUGAUGACGACAUUUAUCUGCGGCCAGAUCGACUUGCAACUCUUCUAGCUAAGGAGCGACCUCAUCCUCUCACUUACAUUGGCUGCAUGAAGAAGGGCCCGGUCAUCACUGAUCCGAAGAUGAAAUGGUAUGAAAAAUCAGGACAUUUAAUCGGAAACGAGUAUUUCUUGCAUGCUUAUGGUCCUAUAUAUGCUCUGUCCGCAGAGGUGGUGGCAGCACUGGCAAUUGCAAAAAAUGACAGUCUGAGAAUGUUUAGCAACGAGGAUGUCAGUGUUGGUUCAUGGAUGCUGGCAAUGAAUGUCAAUCACGAAGAUAACCGAGCAAUAUGCGAUCCUCGAUGUACGCCCACAUCUAUUGCAGUCUGGGACAUUCCAAAAUGUUCAGGUUUGUGCAAUCCUACAAACAGGCUGAGGGAGCUUCACAAAAUUAGCAUGUGCUCAAAAAGUCCAACACUGCCGCCUGAGGACAGGUAGUGUCAAGUCCCCCAAAAACUCUGCUGUUAGAGGUAAACUCAGUUGAGCAGACUUAUCAGGUACUUGUCCUUCAAUACACAUCAUGCAACUGACCCAUGCCUCAUGUUGCCUCCAUCAAUCUCGUGAGCUGAUAGCAUAGCUGCAUGUACAAUGACGUUACCUCAGAGAGGGGGACUCAACCUUGGAUUCUCCCGUUACAUCUAAGUGGGGAAACGAUACACUUGGCACUCAUACUCGCCUCUCAGGGGGAGAUGAAUACACUUUCAACUUGUACUGCAAGUGACUAUUCACUGUUAAGCUGUGUGCCUGAAUUCCUGUGUGUAAAAUCAUUGAAAGGUCAGAUGAUAUGGGUGCCUGAAACUCUUUAUUGCAAUGUUGUAUUUUUGUACAAAUUUGUGGGUGAUUGACGGGCAUUGAUUUAUGCAUACUAUGCAGGCAGGUGUUCAUCUGAUCCUUCUCAUAGAAUGCGUUGAUUGUGUUCAUAUAAUAUCAAAUUAAGCAUGUGGUUGUACA